AUGCCACGAAAUUCAUACGUUGUCAAUAAGACUUACCCACUUCUAAUAUGGAAUAACUUGAUACCAUAUCAAUUGAAAUAUCUAAGUGGUUUGGGAGCUGGAGUAUUGGCGUUUAUCAAUCUACAUCCACAAAUUUGGAUUUCUUUAGGGCCUCCGAUGCUGGUUGCUGGAUAUUAUUUAAACAAAAAGAUUAAGCACAAUUUGUAUGUGCAAAAUGCUAACCGGGCUGGUCACCGUGCCAAAGAACAAACAGCAGGAUAUUCCUCCAACAAAAUUGUGAAAAUAUUGCCAUACGAUGAGGCACAGUUAUAUAACCUCCAGGAGGAGAUUGACAAUGAAUACGACUCCCUACGGAAGCAGAUUGUGGAUUUGGCAGGGAAACGGAUAAUUGAGUAUAUCACAAGCAACCCAAAGUCAAUUCAAGGAGAUGAAACUUUAUCCAGCUUCAUUGAUAACUCGCAAUUUAACAUCAAUAUGUUUGAAAAUGAAGUUGAAAGUUGGGUAACGAGCCAAGUAAAGUUACCUGGAAGCUCCACCAAGGAUGACGACGAGUUCAAACGGUUUAUCAAGUUACUGGUUCCAUACUAUAACGAAAAGACCCUCAGGACGCGAAAAAGAUUAGGGGUGAUUGCCGUAUAUUUAUUGAAACUAAAUGAGAUUGAUUGGGUCAUGUCAUUAGAGGUUUGCCCUGUGGGGUGGUGGAAGUCGAAGUCAACUUGGAUACGUGAGAUUGAGUCUAUAGAACACAUGGAGAGCCAGUUGUACAAAAGGUUUAGCAAUGUCUAA